AUGGGAUUUAACUGCGUUAGGCUCACUUGGCCUCUUGAUUUGAUGACUAAUGACACAUUGGCUCUUAAAGUUACCGUCAAACAGUCUUUUGAAAGAUUGAAUCUGUUUGAUGAUGUUCUUGGCAUUCAAACACACAAUCCCAAAAUCCUUAACCUCCCCAUAUUCAAUGCAUUCCUGGAAGUGGUGUCGAACCUUGGACAAAACGGAGUGAUGGUGAUACUAGACAACCACUUGACAACGCCAGGAUGGUGUUGCAGCGACAACGACCUCGACGCUUUCUUCGAAUACCCUAACUUUGAUCCCGCCGUCUGGGCCAAGGGAUUGAGCAAGAUGGCUUCUCUUUUCCGCAAUGUCACUAAUGUCGUUGGCAUGAGCCUUAGGAACGAACCACGUGGUACCAGAGAUUACCCUAACCUCUGGUUCAAGUACAUGCCAAAAGGAGGAGAAGCAGUACACGCAGCAAACCCUGACGUCCUAGUCAUCCUCUCCGGCAUCGACUACGACACAAACCUCUCUUUCCUCCGUGACCGCUUCUUCAACGUCAGCUUCACCGACAAACUCGUCUUCGAGCAACAUUGGUACAGCUUCUCCGACGGUCGUGACUCGUGGGAAAAGCACAACUCUAACGAUUUUUGCGCGAAAAUCAUCGAGAAAGUCACACAUAACGGAGGAUUCUUGAUCGGGAGAGGCUUUCCUUUGUUCUUGACUGAGUUUGGGGCUAACCUGAGAAGCGGUGACGUUAGCGGAAACCGGUAUAUGAAUUGUUUGGUGGCUUGGGCCGCGGAGAAUGAUUUAGAUUGGGCGGUUUGGGCAUUAACCGGAGAUUAUUAUUUGAGAACCGGUCAAAAACAUAUGGUUGAGACUUUUGGCGUUUUGGCUCCUAAUUGGAAAGACGUCGCCAACUCUACUUACCUGCAAAAACUCUCCGGAAUUCAACUUCCAGUUAGAGGACCCGGUUUACAAUCCAAAAAACUUCUCUUCCACCCAACAACCGGCCUUUGCGUCACCAGUAAUCUCUCAAACAAUUCACCUACACUUCGAUUGGAACAAUGCCGUAAAGCCGAGCCAUCAACCUUUAAUCCCAGUGAAGGUAUUCUCUGGAGUAACAAAAUGUGCGUCGAGGCUCCAGAUGCUGUUGGACAGAAAGUGAAGCUUGGAGUUGACACUAAGUGCUCUAAGUUGGGACAAACCUCAGCUACUCACAUGCAUUUGUCGUUUAAGACAACAAGUAAUGGUUCGUUGCUAUGCCUUGAUGUGGAUGAACGUGACAACAGCAUCGUCGCUAACCCUUGCAAGUGUUUGACCAUGGAUGCUUCUUGUGAUCCAGCGAGCCAAUGGUUCAAAGUUCUUUAAAUUCUUUUUUAUAUGUUUUAUUUCGGAGAAAAAAAUGCAUUUGUAAUCAAGACUACGAUCGAGCCGGUUUAUCAUAAUAAUUUCUCAAAUUCAAAAUACCUAAUGGCAGCUCAAAUAAUCACAAUUUCAAAUAUAGAAAAAUAAAAAUGACAAUGGUAGUUAAAGAAAGGGAAAAAUUAUAAGAAUAUGUUACUAAGUUUUGUUAAACUUUUUAAUACUUAAACUUUUUUGGCACCCAGUUAAAUACAUGAAUUAAAUAUUUUAUACAUUUUAAUACAUUAAAAUUUUAAACUUUUGUUCAUUUUUAUACUCAAACUUUGCUUAUUUUAAUUAAAAAUAUUUAUAAGUUUCACACGAAACGAAAAAUAUGUAAAAUUAAGAAUUAAAAAAAAAACUAAUUUUAAUUCAAGUUUGAAAAAUUAACGUAGCUAAAUUUUGGAUAUUUUAAAUUAUGGAAUAAAAUUUUAUAGUUUUAAUAUAAAUUUGAAUUUUUAAAUUUAAAACUAAUUUAUUUUGCAUUCAAAAUUAAGUUUUUUUUUUACAUUUUUAAAAUGUUUGUAUAUAUGCAGGGCCCGGUUUACAAUCCAAAAAACUUCUCUUCCACCCAACAACCGGCCUUUGCGUCACCAGUAAUCUCUCAAACAAUUCACCUACACUUCGAUUGGAGCAAUGCCGUAAAGCCGAGCCAUCAACCUUUAAUCCUAGUGAAGGUAUUCUCUGGAGUAACAAACUGUGCGUCGAGGCUCCAAAUGCUGUUGGACAGAAAGUGAAGCUUGGAGCUGGCACUAAGUGCUCUAAGUUGGGACAAACCUCAGCUACUCACAUGCAUUUGUCGUUUAAGACAACAAGUAAUG